AGCGUCUUCAACAUCAACAUCCCAAACAGCACAAUUAUCAACGGCUACAACUUCCGUAAUGACCCGAGAUUCACCAAGAAUCCUAUCAAAGACAGCCAUGACAAACUUUCUCUCUUCCUUCAUGUCAUCUCCCUCAGUAAGCAAGACGGUGUCCGUUGUGUCAACUAAGACAUCACGACUGGCGGAAACGUCCACAGCUACAGGUACAGUAACCUUUGUAGACGGUGAAGAAACAAAGAAAGAUGAAAUAUACAAAGAGGAGGCCGAGCUAAAAUUGGGUGACUUGUCUAUAUCUUGGUGGACAUUUGUUCUUUCCGUCGUAGGGUUGAUAUUUCUACUUAAUACAUGUAUUUCAGUGUGCUUGUUCAGGAAAGUAAAGAACCUAAUGGAGAAGAAGCAUCCAAAGCAGGCAGUGCACCCUACACCGUUUCUCUGAUUGUAUCGACUGCUCAUUGAUAAAAACUAUGUAACUAUGUUCCAAUGUGAUUUUACGUGUACUUUUCUGGAGAUUCAAGUACAUUUUUUUGCAAAUACUGAAACUGAGCUUUUAUUAUGGUAGUUAUGUACGUUUGAUAAACGUAACGCCAAUUACCCGUAAAACUUAGAAUAAUGUCAGACAGCUGUAUAAAUGUUGCCUGGAAUCUAUUAUAUUCCAUUUGUGAAGCGCAAAACAGUCAACGGUACUUCAUAAAGUAAAUUUUGACAAUGGAUAGGUUUAGAUGUAAAAUAUUUUAAAAAAUGAUAGCA